CAGACAUCUUUAUUACCAUCAAUCAUCACCUAAUCACCCAGCGAAUCGACUCCGUUUGGCCCAAGUUUUGCGCUUGGAAUGUCAAACUUGGUGAUCAGUGCAUCUUUCCGGAAACGGAUACAAUCAAUUUAUCCACCUCGAAACCGUCGCUCUAUCCUGCACGCUCUUCAUCCCAGAUACUACACAAUGCCCGCAACGAAUGAAGAUUCAUCCUGCCUCUUUUGCAAGAUUCUAAACGGUAGUAUUCCCUGUCAUAAGGUGUACGAAACAGAACACAGUUUCGCGUUUCUGGAUAUCAUGCCGACCUCGGAGGGACAUACGCAAGUCAUUCCAAAAUAUCACGCAGAGACGAUUGCCAAUCUUCCAGAUGAAUAUUUAGCUGACAUUGGACCUGUGGUGAAGAAGGUUGCACUCGCGACCGGUGCUGAGGCGUAUAAUAUUGUUCAAGUUGGGUUUUCACCUCGUUGUAGACCGUUAGAGAUCACUUAACUAGGGAGUUGUUUCUUGAAGAAUAACGGGAAAUUAGCCUUCCAGCACGUUCCGCACGUCCAUUUCCAUGUCAUCCCGAAACCGAAUGAGACCGAAGGAUUGGUUCUGACGUUGGGUCAGAACUGGCCACAGAAGAAGGUUGAUAACGAUGUGUUGGGAACAACUUGCGCGAAAAUGAAACAGAGGCUGUAGCUUUGAACAUGUGGCUGUCAUCAGAUAUACAAGCUCAAGUAUUGAUAACGCUCGAUGCAUUCUUGAGUGCCAUAAUAC